AUGUGUAGUAAAAAUAAUUUUGAGAAGAUGUAUGUGUAUUAUCUAAAAAAUGUAGCUUGGGGUUGUACAAGUAAUAAGUUUGCAGUAGUUUAGGUUGAUGGCUCUAGUAAAUAUCCAGCAGAAUAAUAUGCUUGCUUCUGUAGUAAAUUUCUGA